UAGUGGGUGUUAUCGGCGUGGCAACGUACAGAGGAGGGGCUUUAGGGUCAGACAGGAAAAGAAAGGAAAGCGAAGACGCUCGAGCCACAAACGAUGGCGGCUAUCCGUAAAAAGCUGGUGAUCGUUGGGGAUGGAGCAUGUGGGAAGACCUGUCUGCUUAUCGUCUUCAGUAAGGACCAGUUCCCUGAGGUGUAUGUACCUACGGUGUUUGAGAACUACGUUGCUGACAUCGAGGUGGAUGGUAAACAGGUGGAACUGGCUCUUUGGGAUACAGCUGGACAAGAGGACUACGACAGACUCAGGCCGCUUUCUUAUCCUGACACUGAUGUCAUUCUAAUGUGCUUCUCCAUAGACAGUCCUGACAGCUUGGAGAAUAUACCAGAGAAGUGGACCCCCGAAGUGAAACACUUCUGUCCCAACGUCCCUAUCAUUCUUGUGGGUAACAAAAAGGACUUGCGGAAUGAUGAGCACACACGCCGGGAGCUGGCAAAGAUGAAACAGGAGCCGGUGAAACCAGAGGAGGGACGGGAUAUGGCAAACCGCAUCAAUGCGUUUGGUUACUUGGAAUGUUCUGCCAAGACGAAAGACGGUGUGAGAGAGGUGUUUGAAAUGGCCACCAGGGCAGCACUGCAGGCCAAGAAACGUGGCAAGAAAAACGCCUGCCUCCUGCUAUAGAGAGAUGGGGAUUGGAGGGAGAGGCACGGAGAGAAGGGGGAGUCUAACCAGGCAAUGGAGGAUUGGGAGGGGCGGGGAGAGGAAACAGCUGUCUCCUGGGCAGGUUUGCUAAAGUCUUUAGGGAAAUGGGAGCAAAACGUUUAUGAAACACGGCCAAAGGAAUAGAGACUCUCAAGGAGGGAUAGUUCUGCAGAAAAAGGGAGGAUAUAUUUUAACGGCCAAGCUUCUGAAAGAUCACCGCAGUCUUCUAGAAAUGAACUUAUUUUUUAAUCAUAUUUCCUGUUAUUAUAUCGGAACAUUUUAAUUAGGUGUCUGAUAAAAGGUGUGAGAAACAGUCUCUAAAGGCUUAGGAUGGAUUGCGGAGAUGCUUGUCUGAAGUUCACUUUUUGAUUCCUUGAUUUGUAUUGUUUCUUAAUGCCAUUAGUAAUCCCACAUCACCGUUUUAGAAGGAAAAUAUUUCCUAAAGCUGAUAACUUUGUAAAUCCUGUUCCCAGUACCGUGACUCUGGCAAAGUUGGCAGAGAACGUGAUUCAGUAGUUCUACUGGAGGGCCACAGUCCUAGUUUUCCUGAAAUCAUGUGCCGGAGACAUUUUCUUGUUUCCUUCUGUCUUAAGAAAAAGUUAGUGCUACUUUCAGUGUUUGUCUGUUUCCGUGUAAAUGUGUGCUGAGACAGACAGACUAAGCCUCUCGUUCCGUAGUCCAGUACCAGUUACCUCCCCUCCUUCAGUAGUCGACAUAGUUUGAAGUAAGGCCACUGGGUGAAAAUGUUAUCACUAUAAAGGUCUGCUUUAAUAGUGUAUUGAACCAACCAGCAAUUUCAGAUUUAUUUAAGUAGCUACAUUCUUAAAAAUGCCUGUGCAUAUAAAUUGAUUAUUGCAUAAAUGAAAACCAUGCUAACUCAUUCUGGGUGAAUGUUUUAUAUUCAUCAUUGUAGAUUUAAAAAUUAACUAAUCGAGGAAUUUUAAUGGCCAUCUCUUAGAUGCUUAGAUGGACACGAGGGAAAAUUGAGCAAAUGUUAGGAAAGUAACCUCUGAUGUGAAUUACCAGGCAUGCUGGCAGGUUUUGGAAAGGGCUAGAAGUUUGUGUUUGGUUAUAUAAGGUUUUGGAAAUAGUCAUUUAUUUUCUUGCCUUUUUAUUUUACUGCCUGAAUAUGUCAGGCUUGUAAUGUUGGGGGGUGGGAGCCUAGUUUGUAAAAAGCUCUUCUCUCACUCUCCCCUCUAUAAAAAAAAUAAAAUGUGCACCUCCCUCCAUCCUUUACUCAAUUUGCCCCUCCUAUUUUGUCUUUGUUUUCCAAUGAUUUGCUGUUGUACUGUAUAUUUAACCCUGUGACAAAUUCUACUGGCUUGUCCUGUAUCAGUUAUGCCUCUUUUGCAAAAUCUAGAACCAUACCUUAAAUUUUAAAAAAGUAAAUAAAAAAAACAAACUAAAUGCUAUACUAUGAGUAACUUUUUAAGAAAUGAGAAUCUUAACACUUAAAUGUAAGGAAAAUAUGGAAAGAGAAAUCUUGAAUAACCUUUUGUACACAAAUGCAUCUUGGAAUUUCCUCAGUCUGCUUUUAAAUGUACUUUAAAAAUAAAAUGUUUUUAGGGUA